AUGCUAAAACCAGCUUCACAGCAAGCCAGGACUUGCCAGUUCUCGACGAUUGAGAACUGGGUGAAGCCCGAUAUUAUGAUGUCUUGGGUCUGUCCACAUAAAGUUUUCGUGCUGUUGAGUUUACUAUCAUUCUCAUUAUUUGUAUCCACGAUAGCAUUGUCAGUCAAAAGCACAACAUGUAGGGUAGAAGGAAAUAUUUUAAGUACUGACAUAUCAAAAAAAACGAAGACAAAAGAAGAUCAUGUUAUAAACUACCGACUUUCAAGAGAUGUGAGGCCGUUAAAUUACACUCUAAUGUUAUGGCCUGACUUAGAAAGAAAGAGUUUUAAAGGGCAUGUAACAAUAAGAAUCCGCGUCUUACGACCAACAACCAAUAUUGAGGUUCAUGUUAAAAAUCUAUCGAUCAACUAUGUUGAUUUCAACGACGAUGCAAACAGAUGUGUGCAAAUAAAUACAACAAAUAUAAUACCAAAAAGAGAGGUUUAUGAGGUGCAGUUUGGACAUAACGAAAUCACUGAAGGGGUGUACAAAUUAACUUUAAAUUUUACUGGGAAACUUGACACAGGAAUUGUCGGCUUUUAUCAAAGUAAACUGCGAGGUGGCGUGUAA